CUUUUCUCUAUGGUUUGCGUUAUCAUCAUGAACUUUGCACUUUUGAUAAACAUGAACGCAUAAAAGCGAAAGAUUCCUACGAUUACACUGUUAGAUUGGUAAAUUAUAGUGGUGUGUCACGUAACUGUGCUACAGCAAAAUGUCACUCAAUAAAUUAGUAGGAGGUGACUGCGGUGGAAAUAAUUCAUUGGUACAGCUCUCCAGUAUCGUCGGUCGAGAUGCAUCUUUCUCGCAACCUCUUUCUCAGGCGGACAGCUUUGUGCACGAAUUUAUGGCCCAGAACUCUCAGGUGCCACAAACGUUCAACAUGAACACUCUUCUCAAUAAUUUGCCAGUUUCGGAUCAAGCUAAAACCACACAACCACUCAACACAAAUCAUCAAGUUCAGAACUUCAUACCUCAAGCCAGCCGGCCUUGGUCAGCAGGGCCAUCAGUUUCCUUCAUGCCUCCAACAAUGAUGAGGCCAUUUCAAAUGCCUCACCAGCCUUUUCUUCAUGCUCCAGGUCCUUCUAAUGUUCAAAUCCAAUAUCUGAAUGAAUCUGAAUUAGAAAACACUGAUGUCAAAGCUAAGGCUCAAGAAUAUGUGAACAGUGUGAAGGAUGAUGAUGAACUUGCUUACAAUCAGUUUAUGAACUUUAUGAAAAAAAUAAGUGCAGGAGAGCUCAACUUGGGUGCAACUACUGAAGACCAGAAAAAGCUUAGUAAAGAUGAGAUUUUAGAUGAAAUGACAGAAAAAUAUAAAGAUGAAUGGGCUAAGCUCAGUGAUGUUUCUGACUACUGGGGAUCAGAAGAAGCAAAUGGCAUUAGUAAAGAAUAUAACUUCACUGAAGCAAAUGUUAUGUUAGAAAAUAAGAGUGCUCUUGAAAUAGGCAAGGAGAAAUUGAAAAUGGGAGAUAUACCAGGAGCAGUGCUGUGCUUUGAAGCUGCAGUACAGCAGGCUCCAGACUCUGCUGAGGCAUGGUUCCUGCUCGGCACUACUCAAGCUGAAAAUGAACAAGAUCCUCUGGCCAUAACCGCCCUGAAGAAGUCUCUAGAAAUAGACCCCAGGCAAUUGGAAGCCUAUCUAACUCUGGCUGCAGCUUACACAAAUGAGAACAUGUCCAAAUAUGCGUACAUGUCAUUAUUUGAUUGGUUGAAAGCUAGUCCUAAAUACAGUGACCUGUGUCCCUUAGAUAUUGAUCCUAAAAAUUUAGAUAUCAAAGACUUGGAGAACCAUGUGAAGACAUUUUACAUCAAAGCAGCACAAUUAAACCCAAAUCAGAUUGAUCCUGAUGUGCAAAAUGGUUUGGGUGUGUUGUUCAACAUAAAUCAAGAGUAUGACAAAGCUGUAGACUGUUUUAAAACUGCUUUAAGUGUUGCCAGUGAUAAUGCAAAGUUGUGGAACAGACUGGGAGCCACACUGGCUAAUAGUGAAAGGUCUGAAGAGGCAGUUGAAGCUUAUCAUCAUGCUUUGAAUUUGGAACCCGGGUUCAUCAGAGCCAGGUACAAUGUGGGCAUCACUUGCAUGAAUUUAGGAGCUCACAAACAGGCAGCAGAGCACUUCCUUGUGGCAUUGAAUCAGCAAUACAAAUCUAAGAGUUUGCAUCCAAGUUCAUCCUCUGUAGACACCAGCUCCUCAACUAUUUGGACCACUUUGAGAAUGGUUUGCUCUUUUAUGGGUGAGCAUGAUGUGGCCAAGUUAGUUGAUGAGAGGAAUUUAUCAGAGCUAAAUAAGUUUUUCGAAAUUGAGUAAUACUGUUACACAAUAGUGACCUUGUUUCAAUAUAAUACACUUACAAAUAAUAAUUUUAUACUUUGAACACUAAAGGUGUGAUAAAGGUGUAGAUAAGGGGAUAUUGGGAUUAGUUGUAAAUAUCUAUUUUCCAGAUC